AUGCCCUGCUUCAAAGGGCUUGCUGUGAGCAUUCAUACUCCGGAUGGGCCAAUUUCCGAAUACUCCAUCCAACGCCAGUCUCGGGCUUCGAGGAUCGCAUGUUUCAUUCCCGUGCCCCCACCCAAACUCCCCGACUCCUCAACGGGCAAGCCGGAGCAGUCGACCUUCGCCAUCUCCAUCACCCUCCUGAAUCCCGCCCAGGAUGUACCCUAUUCGACACCCAAACCCAGCCCGGACUGCCCCUCGCCGAAACCGAAGGCAUUGACCAACUCGCCGAAUGAGACGGUGGCGGCCUACAUUUAUUUUGAUGGCAGACAAAAGGAGGAAGUGGCGACACUGCUGCGACGCGGCGAAGAAACCUGGGUCAACUCGCGCUGGGUCAGCGUGCCGGGAUCCGAGGGCGGCGGCAUCGCCGAGCGUGAAUUUCUGUUCCGCGAGGUCGGUCUGGAGCGCUGGCUUAACGGUUUAGACUUGGAGGGCAAGGAUGCCGCGGCCAAGAUCGAGCGAAGGCGGCAAAAGAUCGAGAAGCGGCGCGCCAAACGCGAGUCCGAGGGUCUCAGUGCCAUGGAAAUGGAAGCCAACAACCCCGCAAAAUCCAAGGGUAUCAUGCGGUACGGCAAUGAUGAGCAAGCACCGUUGGAAAACGUCUCGGAUGAGGACCUGUCUUCCGACUCGGAUGAUGACGACCCUAUUCCCGAAACCGCCGGCCAGAUCAAGGUGGCCCUGUUCCGGGUCCUGGCAUCGGGCGAGAUUAAGCGAGGCGAGUAUUCGCCGCAAUUCGACGCACAUGAUGACGAUGAGGAGGGGGGUCAGGGGAACAGCGGUGGAGGCGAUGCCGAUGUGGACCAUACCACUAGCUUCGCGAAGCCCAAAUCGCUGGAUCCCAAAACCAUCAGCACGCAGACAGUCACCGGGAUCGACCCGACUGACAAGCCUUACGCCAUUUUUACUUUCAUGUAUCGCGGCGAACGGCAACUGCAGAAGAUGGGCAUCUUGAAAGACCCCAAAGCGCAGGACACUCCCGGCGCUACCAAGCGAAAAUCAUUACAGGCCGACUUUUCAAAUCUGGGUCCUCUCAAGCCUGGCGGGACCGUUGGGUUCUUGAAUUUCCGAGAUCAUGAUACCCGGGCGCAGAAAGGCAACAAGGGCGAGAAUGAUAUGGACAGUGAUGACGAUGACACCGAUAAUCCCAUCCUUGGCAAGGCCGAUGACGAAGAAGCUCAGGAUGAUGAUCGGUUCCUGUCUCCGGAUGAUAUUCGACGCCAAGGGGAGCUCGCCGAGGGCGUCCGGAAGAUUCGGCUCAAGCGUCAACACUCCGCCGAGCCUACCGCAGACAGUUCUGCUAACUCCAGCGGGACCCCGGUUGCGGGUACUACGCCUCCUGCAACUGAGCGAUCGACAACGCCACCGAAGGGGUCUACAUCGGGUGCUGGACCUUUGGAACCAUCUCAGCCUGUUGGGGACCCGACAGAUGGAUUUCUCGGCAGCCCGCUGAAAAAGCAACGGGCCAGUGUGUCGGGGCAAGAUGAAAAUGCCCUGCGGCGUCGAAUUGCCGAAUCAUCGGGGAGGAUCAACGAGGUUCUAGGAUCUGCUGGGCCCAGUGAUGCGAAAACUGGUAGCUCUGAGUCGUUUGGGGAGAAGCUCAAGUCGGAGGAGUCUGCCGUGUCACCCAAGAAAGAAGACGAGGAGCUGUGA